UUGAGCGCGAAGGACUUGUGGGUUGUUGCGGGCACUGAGAAUACAGAUAAGAUUAUGGGCCUGUUCAUAUAUUUCUGUGGCAGUAUUCGUGGAGGAAGACAAGAUGCUGAAUUAUACCAACGACUGAUUGAGAAGCUGAAAGCUUAUGGUGAUGUUUUAACAGAACAUGUUGGGAAUCCAAAUGUGGAUGAUGAUGAGGAAAAACUGACUGAUAGAGAAAUUUAUGAGAGGGACAUGAAGUGGCUUGAUCAGUGUGAUGUGGUUGUUGCUGAAGUGACCCAGCCGUCCUUAGGGGUUGGCAUUGAGCUAGGGAAGGCCCUCUCCCUGGGGAAGAAGAUCCUGUGCCUCUUUAGACCUUCUAGUGACAAGCGUCUUUCUGCUCUAGUGAGUGGGGCUCAUGACGAUGAGAAGUUCAUUGUGAAAGACUAUAAGGAAAAGGAGGUGGAUGAUAUUCUAAAGGACUUUCUGGGGAAAAAAAUGGGAAAAAACACUACAGCGGGUGGCCCUGAAGGCAGCAUUGGCAUGUAG